GGGGCGAAGUAAACCAGUGCCUCAGGUCAUGAACUGUUAUCCAAUCAUUCAGUGAAAUCUUGCCUACUUCAGCAUAACCUCAGUACAAAGCACAGUUCUCUGAAAGACAACCCUUUUUUCUUGAAAAAAAGGAGGAAGCCAUUGCUAAAAAUAAAUGCAGGUUGAACUGCAGUGCAGAAGCAGACCUUCAACAGAAGCUAUCUCACAUGACAGGCAGGAUCAAGUAGAACAGUUUUUUAAAAGUGGGCAUACAAACAACUGGGCAGUUCUGGUGUGCACCUCUAGAUUUUGGUUUAACUACCGUCAUGUGGCAAACACCCUUUCCGUUUACAGAAGUGUCAAGAGGCUAGGUAUUCCUGAUAGUCACAUCGUCCUGAUGCUAGCAGAUGAUAUGGCAUGUAACUCCCGGAACCCUAAGCCAGCAACUGUAUUUAGCCACAAAAACAUGGAGCUAAAUGUCUACGGAGAUGAUGUGGAAGUGGAUUACAGAAGCUAUGAGGUUACUGUCGAGAACUUCUUGCGUGUAUUAACAGGGAGAAUCCCACCAAGCACACCUCGAUCCAAGCGUCUUCUUUCUGAUGACAAGAGCAAUAUCCUAAUGUAUAUGACUGGUCAUGGCGGAAAUGGUUUCUUGAAAUUUCAGGAUUCUGAAGAAAUUACUAAUGUAGAACUUGCUGAUGCCUUUGAACAGAUGUGGCAGAAAAGAAGGUACAAUGAAUUGCUGUUCAUUAUUGAUACUUGUCAAGGAGCAUCCAUGUAUGAACGAUUUUAUUCUCCUAAUAUAAUGGCCUUGGCUAGUAGCCAAGUAGGAGAAGAUUCACUUUCACAUCAGCCAGAUCUUGGGAUCGGAGUUCACCUUAUGGACAGAUACACAUUUUAUGUCUUGGAGUUUCUGGAAGAAAUUCACCCAGCUAGCCAGACAAAUAUGAAUGACUUAUUUCAGGUUUGUCCUAAAAGUUUGUGCGUUUCUACACCUGGACACAGGACUGAUCUUUUUCAGCGAGAUCCUCAAAAUGUUCUGAUAACAGACUUCUUUGGUAGUGUACGAAAAGUGGAAAUUACAACAGAAACUAUUUCUCUGGAUCCUAAUUUGGUUAUCUUGGAAAGCAGGACUCCAAAGGAUGAGAUUACAACAGAAGCUCUGAAAUAUGCUGAGCAGCUUCCUGUAGCUCAGAUUAUACACCAGAAACCAAAACAAAAAGACUGGCAUCCUCCUGGUGGUUUUAUUCUAGGACUCUGGGCAUUGAUUAUCAUGGUUUUCUUUAAAACAUAUGGAAUCAAGCACAUGAAACACAUCUUUUAG